AUGCUCUCAAAUCAAGGCUUGCUGAACAAGGGCCGUUUUUGCAUCUCGAACUUUGCCCGAGGUGUCAGUUCUGAGCUGAGGAGUAUACUUCAGUCUGAGUACCUCUCUCAGGUGAGUACUUACGUGACCUUGAGGCUCCAGAAUGUGAAGAGCACCACGGUGGCCGUGAAGGGGGAGGACCCGGCAUGGGAGCAGGACUUCCUUUUCGAGACGAGUCGGUUGGACGUGGGUCUGGUGAUCGAAGUGUGGACCAAGGGAUUGAUCUGGGACAAAGCACUCGGAUACCAUUUCCUUCCACUCUCCUGGAUUUCUUAUUCCAACGAGGAACGGGAAGGGGAAUGGCUAUCUCUGGAUGCGGAAUUGGAGAUGAAAAACGGGGAGGUGGUGGGGACGAAGACUCCGACCGGACACUGCAUCCUUCUCGACUGCCGAUUCGAGACUCCCUUCGAAUUUGGGGACAACGAGGCAUUGCAGGAGAAGUUAGAACUGCUGAACACGAUGAUGUUACAUCAAGAUCCCUUCCAGCUUCAAGACCCCCAUCAACGGCGACUCACUACCAUGCACCCUACUCAUUCCGAGGACAGCGACUACACGAGCGAUGUGAGCUACCCGAUCGGGCAGCAUCCCAACAGCUCUGCCUCUCAGUACCUCAACGCUGCCGCUCAGCUUCAGACGCCUCAGAGGUCUCUGGACUUGAGCCCGGAUUAUGGUACGUCGGACGCACCGGCCAGCGGAGGGGACCCCCUCUCCUACAACUCCCGGCCUCCUCGGCCCACGACCACCUCCAUCCCCAAUCAUCUUUACCACGAGGACAAUCAAGGGAUGGAAGAAGAUCGAGGACUGUCCUCUCGUCGCCACUGGGGAAAAGGGAACCGGAAGCCGAGUUUGGAGAGGCAGACGACCCUCUGGGACGACGACGCCUACCACCAACCCCUCCCGAAUCGGGACGGGUUGGAGGAUGAGAGCACGCCUCAAAGCGCAUACCCCCCUUCAUCAUAUCAGUACGGGGACGGAAAGACGGAGUACGGUUAUGACUGGCAGGGUUCAUGGGGUCAAACCGACGAGCAACAGCAACAUCAGCAGCAGCAGCAGCAACCACAACAACAACCACAACCACAACCACAACCACAACAACAAUCACAACCACAGCAACAACAACAACAACAGGAUCACUACAUGGACGAGGGCUACCGCGACAACGGCUACGACGUCUAUGGCUACGAAUACGGCUACUACGACCCGGAAUCCGGGACGUGGAACUCCUCCGACCCGAAUGCCUACUACGACUACGGAGAAUAUUACAAUCAAGAGUACUGGGACGAGAACGCCUACAACUACGGGGAAGGGUACGAUGCUUACGGAGCAGCAUAUCAGGAGGAGGAUGCGCCCACGCCGAAGGCGGAGUAUCAGCCGGAUAUCAGCCAAAAGGCUGACAUCGGCCCGAGGGCUGAUGUCAACCAGAAGGCAGGUGCCAAUAUCAAACCAGCAUAUCAGCAAGCCACGUCGGAGCUCAGGAAGGAGCUGGGCUCCUUCUUCGGUCGCCUCAAGGACGAUCUCUUGAAGCCCAAGUUGAACCUAAUGUUGAGCCAGCGAAGCUUCGACGAGGCCUACACCAACCAAGGAUCCCGUCACAACUCCCUGACGGGGGAUUCUCGGCAGAACAGUCUGGCGGGGGAAACCCGAUCCCGACAGAACAGUCUCGUCUUGGAAUCCCAGAAGAGCUUCGAUGGCGAAAGCCGCGGAGAUUUCUCCCGUCAGGGCUCCUACAUGGAAGAGGAGGAAGACCUCGAGGAAGAAGACUACGACCUCGACGAAGAGGAGAUGGACGAAGACGAAGACCCCGAGGACGAAGAAACGGAGGACGAAACCGCCGUCCUCGAGGGGAUCGCCCUGGACAUCACCAAGCGAAGCGACAUCCCCUCGGAGGGCGACCGGGACCUCGCCUUGGCCCUCCCCCCCGUGGAGAAGCCCCUCGGGCCCGGACCCACCCCCGACCCGGUGCCCCGGGAAGCCCGUCACGUGACCUUCGAACCCCAGCGACCCAAGAUGAACGCCCGACAGCGCUGGCACUGGGCAUACGACAAGAUCUCUGCUCAACUCAUCCGUGCAAUAAAGGACGGGGAAAGUGGGCGGAAUUACUUUCAACCUCGGAAAAGAUCCAGGACGAUAUUGACUCGAUCCGUCUCGAGAGAUGCGACACCGGAGGAGAAGCCGUCUCAGGCGGCCAGUGGCGUUCCCGUGUGUGCCGAGGCAAGGUCACCCGGCGCUCCCCAGGGUCGCAUCCCGUUACGGGAAGAGACCCAGGCUCGAGUCUCCCUUCUCCCUCAGCCAUUCUCGUGCCCAUAUGUGCGCUCGGCGGGGUGUGCUAGGAAGCCGUCAGCCUCUGUGCCAUGCGAGUGUUUCCCGUCCCGCGUCGCAUUCCGACGCGUGUGUAUUUUAUCUGUCGCUUCGUCGAGACUCAUCGAUUGUGAGGUGAAGGAAUGCGAUCUUCGGCUGGCAGCCAGAUGCAUGCAGCCGAGGGAAAGUCCUCCGCGGGGAUUCCUCGGAGCGUCGGUGAAGCUCAGUACAGUGUUCGGCUUUGAUAUAGAAAAGAGGGCGGCAGAAAAUGGAGAAAAGAAAGCCACUACUCCGGAAUCGGUUCCAUCCUCCAGUAGAAACAUUGAUGCAAAGUGA